AUGGAGGAUUUAAAAGAAAUGCCCCGAUCACCACCAAGUGGCAACAAAUUCCCAUUUAUGUUUCGCGGCAUGGCCUCACAAAAAAUGACAUUGGAAUUUGAGGAUCACGAUGAAAUGCUCGAAGCUUACAAUGAAUUGGCAUUAAAAUUUCUCGACGAUUCACAAUUCGUGGGUCAAGUAUCAACGGCGAAAUCGCGAGGAUUGUACGCCAGUUCUGCACUGGCAUCCGAAGCGAAGUCAUUGGAAGAACUGCGUGAGCCUAAGAAGAGAAUCAACGCCCAGAAAUUUAUACAGAUGUUUAAACGGAAAGCAAGCCUCAAUGGAAAGGAGUCGUUCAACAAUUGGCCUCGUGAUAUUUCAGGAUGUUUAAACGGAAAGCAAGCCUCAAUGGAAAGGAGUCGUUCAACAAUUGGCCCCGUUUUGGCUUGCUUCGCGUCCUUCGAAACCACCAGCACUGCUGCUCCUGCUGUUGUUGUUGUUGUUGCUGCUGAUGCUGCUGCUACUGCUGUUGCUACUGCUGCUGCUGCUGCUGUUGCUACUGCUACUGCUGCUGUUGCUGCUGCCGCUGCUACUGCUGCUGCUGCUGCUGCUGGCGAAAUGAUAAGUAGAAUAGAUGUGGAAGAAACUUCGAAUGGAAGCCCUGGUAUGGAAAAAGUAUGCCGUUUUAUUGGUGGCAAAAUAACUUUGAAUGGAAUUCCCGUUUCACAAAAGACCAAUGUGAAAAUUUCGGAAAAAUUUUCUCAACCAGUAGAGGUAUAUCCAUUUCAGCGCAGUGGAAGAAAUGACGAAUUGUCUCGACCUCCCUUACGAAAACUGGUAAGAGGGGAACUACUGGGUGUACGACAAGUUAAUGCGACUGUAAUCGCCGAAGGCAGUGGACUUUCGAAUAUCGGAAACACCUGUUUCAUGAAUGCGAUGCUGCAAGGAUUAUUUGCAGUGGAAAGUUUCACGAAAGAUUUGUUUAAAUUCUGUAAAAAAGUCGAAGGACGCCUGAAUUUGUCCGCUGUGAUGCCGAUGAGCACAACAGUCUCAGCUCUUGCAUAUGGCCGCGAAAGAUUUACUACACGAAUGAAAAAUCUACUUCUGGAACAAUUAAAAGGUACACUGGAUCCUGAUGCGCAUGAAUUCUUAGCAUAUUUGAUGGAUAAAGUGGGAGCGGAAUGUGAUAAAGUGUUGUGUGAACAAUUUGGAAAGCAGGAAAUCGAGGAAAGGCGGAAAGAGAAUCCUAUCAGAACGAAUUUUACAUUUGUACUGAAUGAUUAUAUCACUUGCGAUAAAUGCAAACAUGUUUCAACAAAAACAGAAGAGGGCAAUGAUAUAUCAAUCAGUAUCGAUGUCUUCGAACGUGAUUAUGCGGAUACACUUUCUGUGCAGACGCUUUUGGAUGAACACCUGAAAACAGAGAAGAUCGAUCGCGCAUGCGAAAAGUGUGGCGCCAAGACAGCAUGUAAAGGCCAAAAGUUUGCUCAACUUCCCAGGUGUCUCGUAGUAUUCGUUAAGCGUUAUUCAUACGAUGAAAUAAACAUGAAACGAUUUGAUCGGAUUCAUAUCCCGAAAUACUUGACUUUAGAAGGACAUUGUGCACCCGGAAUUGAUCCAACAUGUCCGGCGGUGCCGGACAGUACCAAGUAA